UGUUGGUUUCAGCCACGAUUUAGGCGUUAGCUUAGGUACCUAGAAUUAGGGGGCUGCCCCGCAACGCCGCGCAUGCUUCCCCACUAUCUGACCUCUCCAUGCAGGCAUUCCCAGGCCCCUCGAAGCUCGCCUGAAGGGACAACACAACACAACUUCUAGCAAGCUGAGAUCUCUUUCUUUAUUGAAUACAUACGUGACGAAAUCUCCCCAUAUCUGCUUAGCUCUCUCGCCAAUAUAUACAGCUAUUUAACUCACCAUGCCGAUCGAGAUUGAGCAAAUCCUGGCUGCUUCGCCCGCCACAACGCGGGGUCAGCCAACCCAGCUCUCCUGCGAUGCCAAAGGAGAGCGGAUCACCUACGCAUCGGGAAAAUCCAUAUAUGUGCGCAACAUCGACAACCCUGCGCUGUCAAAGCAGUACACUGGCCAUACGGCCGCGACGUCGGUGGCGCGCUUCUCGCCGUCGGGCUACUAUAUCGCGUCGGGCGAUGUGUCGGGGAGGGUGAGGGUGUGGGACGCGGUCGAGGCGGUCAACACCAAGGGCGAGUAUGCCAUCAUCUCGGGGCGCAUCAACGACAUUGCGUGGGACGGCGACAGCCAGCGCGUCAUCGCCGUGGGUGACGGCCGCGAGCGCUACGGCCACUGCUUCACGGCCGACAGCGGCAACAGCGUGGGCGAGAUCACCGGCCACAGCAAGGUGGUCAACGCCGUGGCGAUUCGCCAGCAGCGGCCUCUGCGCGCCGCCACCGUCUCGGACGACUCCAGCAUGUGCUUCCUGCACGGGGCGCCCUUCAAGUUCGCCACCAAGGUCUCCCAGCACAAGAGCUUUGUGAUGGGCACCGCCUUCAGCCCCGACGGGAGCACGCUUGUGACUGUCGGCGCGGACAGGAGGAUUCAGCUUUACGACGGCAAGACGGGCGAGCCGACGAAGCAGAUUGGCGAGGGCGUGCAUUCCGGGAGCAUCUUCGCCGUGAGCUGGGCCAAGGACUCGAAACGCUUUGCGACAUCGAGCGCGGACCAGACAGUGCGUGUGUGGGACAUUGAGGGGGGCGAAUGUGUACAAACAUGGCGUCUUGGCGAGGAAGGGAGCAUCAGUGUCCCGCACCAGCAAGUCGGUGUGGUGUGGCCCCAUGGCAGGAGUGACGGUCUUAUUAUCAGUCUGAGCCUGAACGGAGACCUGAACUACCUGGCCGAGGACAGCGCAGUUCCCAUCAAGGUAGUACAGGGGCACAAUGGAAGCAUUACGGCACUUGGUGUAGAGUCAGAGGGGAAGGCGGAUAGCGUCAUAACGGGCAGUUUUGACGGCCAGGUAUGCAGCUGGGACCUCUCUACAGGAAUCGGUCGCGCUGUGGACGGGCAGGCCCAUUCCAACCAGGUGACACAGUUCGCAGCCGCGCCAGGGCGGACAUAUAGUGUGGGCUGGGAUGACACGCUGCGCAUAGUCGAUGAGUCGGCCAACACGUUUGCGGGCGAGUCGCUCAAGCUGAGCGCGCAGCCCAAAGGCGUUGCGACGGCUAGCGGCCAUGUCAUUGUUGCGCUUGACAGCAAGCUCGUCGUCUACUCGGGAGACAAGCAGGUCAGCGAGCUGGACACGGGCUUCACGCCAUCAGCCAUCGCAGGAUCUGGCUCGCUUGUCGCUGUGGGCGCGAAUCAAAACGCCGUCCAGAUAUACAAACUCGAUAGCAAGGGCGUGCUUUCCGCGACCGAGUCCUUGACGAAUUCGAACGCACAGGUUUCAGCUCUGUCGUUUUCUCCCGAUAGCAAGCACUUGGCAGCGGCGAAUUCAAUAGGGAAGAUCGUCGUGUAUAAGACAGAUUCCUGGGCCGUAGCCACAGAUCGAUGGUCGGCGCACACGGCCAAGGUGCUUUGCGUUGCCUGGAACCAAGCGGGAACUCAUGCGGCCAGCGGCGGCUUGGAUACGAAUGUGUGUGUGUGGAGCUUGGCGAAACCCGGCAGCCGGGUCAAGGCCGUCAACGCCCACAAAGAUGGCGUGUAUGGUGUGGGAUGGGUUGGCGGUGAUCAGAAGCUCGCGAGCACCGGUGGCGAUGCUGCUGUCAAGAUAUGGGCGCUCAAGGGUCUGCAGUAAAUCAAGACUCGGGAGCUCCUGAAUACUCAGUUCAGAGGCUAGCAAACACAAGACAACGACUUAACGCCGAGAUGGAUGUACUGAACCAGCCUGGCCUUUCCAUUUUCCAUUACCGUGCCAUGCAAUAAAGGGGUAUCCCGUCCUAACGCCUUGACCCGCCAGUUUCCUCCUUAAUUAUUUGGGCUCUUUGUUGGAGUCCAAUAACAGCCGUCCAAGGCCGACCUGGCUCCAUUCCGAAUCCCAUAGGCGCUCGACACUAACACCCGAGCCUCCAAUAUCGUCGCCACUCGCUUGGCCGCCAUAGUUGGUACAAAACUCGUGGUUAUGUUCGUUCCGAACACUGAGUCGGCGCUUCUCCUAGUCGACCGCAAGCCGAGUCAGGUCCUCCAAAUUUUCACCCCU